CCGAUGUGGCCCCUUAAGAGCUGCCGCCGGCAACUGUGAUUAACUCCCUCGAACCUACUUACAGAUAACAAACAUGCAAGAUUUUAACUUACCACCUAGACUGGGCUCGAUGCAGCCGCCUCACACGCAGGACAGCGGCCGCGCCCGCGAUUCCCUCGACGAGACCUGCUCCAACUACGAAUACGAACUUGGAGAUAGACAACCCAUCGAGGAGCUGGUGGCCAGGAGCCAGAAUGUGCUCGACGGACUCAAGGAUGGCUCCGUUGCUCAGCAGCCCGAGUACGAGGCCAACUCGGAGGGCGAGUACGAGGUCGAUAGCGACUAUGGAUCGGCCGGCGGCCCCAUCGGCCGCAUGCCUAGUAGGCGCUUUGGCAGCCGGUCGUCACGCAAGGGCAGAAGGGGCAAAGCCGCAGGAGCUCGAUCCCUGGCCGCGCCCGAGCCAGUCGCGGUCGCCUCCAUGGCCCUGGCACACGGCAUCGGCACCCCGCGAGACGGACCUUCGAUCCGCCCGCUGCCGCUGGCCAUCCGCAAAACCCCCAGUGACGCAUCAACCACAGGCACGUCACGCGCCAGGGCCCUGAGCCGCAAGCUGACGGUGCGCAAGCGGACGGCUUCGCAGAAGCCCUCGCUCCCUACCACCGACGAGGGCAUCGACUCUUUUGGGCAGUCAUGGGCGCGCAUGUCCCACCUGAUCCUCCGUGAUCUGCCUGGAGAUCCCGCCAAGGAGCACUCACAAGAACCAGCCAGCCACCAGCCCCGACAGAGCGAGGAGCGCCAGUAUCGGCAAGAGGUGCAGCAGCCUCCGCAGCAGCCUCUGCAGCAGACCCCUAUGGCCAUGCCCCGCGCCAGCAACGACGGCUACGUCGGCAGCCACAGCGUCCGACCCAGCAUGGACCGCCCUCGGAACGCCAGCGAAACGCGCCGUGUAUCACCGACACUUGUUGGCCGCCAGAGCUCAUCGUACCACCACCGCCUCGACGAGAAGACGCAGGCGUUUCAGGGCCAGGACGAUAUGGUGGAGAUUCCCAUUGUGGACGACGACGGAACCCGCGAGAUGAACAGUGGUCGCAACCGGGCGCUGAGUCUCGACUCGCAGAGCUCGGACCAGCACCUCCCGCCCUACUCCAAGGCUCCUCUUGCCGGCCACCGUGGCCUCUCCGAGGAGGCGCGGGCCAUGGCCGCCUGGGCAGAUGCCGAGAGGGCCUCGAUAGGAUCCCGGGGCCCCAUCGCCCACGGCUUCCAGCUGGCGGCGAUCCUGCUUGCGCUUGUGCUGGCAAUAUUCAUCGUCGGCAUGAACAUCAACAUCAUCGCCACGGCGGUCCCGCGCAUCAGCAGGGACUUUGGCACCUUCAACCACAGCUCCUGGUACGGGGCCGCCUUCCUCGUGGCCUGGUGCGCGUUCCAGCUCAUGUUUGGCCGCCUGUACAGCGUCUUCCCAGUCAAGUGGGUUUUCUCGUCGGCCCUGCUGGUCUUCGAGCUGGGUUCGCUCCUCGCGGGCGUCUCUCCCAACUCGCACGCCCUGAUCGCCGGGCGCGCCAUCCAGGGCAUCGGCGCUGGCGGUGUUCUAGCGGGCGCCUUCAUCAUCAGCGCGCUGCUCGUGCCGCUGAGCAAGCGGCCGCUGAUGGGUGGGCUGAUGGGCGCUCUGGAGGGAGCCGCCAUGAUCACGGCGCCAAUCAUUGGCGGCGCCUUCACUGACCAGCUGAACUGGCGCUGGAGCUUCUACGUUAGCCUCCCCGUCGUCCCCAUCGUUGCCGGCAUCAUCAUCCUGUGCUUGCACGUGCCGCCCGAGCACGCCACGUAUAAGGCCGUUCCCCGCGAGGAGCUUGGGGGCCUUUGGCAGCGGGCCGCACGCCUGGCUGGCAAGCUCGAUCUGGUGAGCAGCCUCGCGCUGGUGCCUGCAGUCAUCACCGUGCUGCUGGCCCUGCAGUGGGGAGGGUCCAAGUUCGAGUGGACCUCAGGCGCCGUCGUCUCCCUCCUGGUCGUUUCCAUCCUCUUCCUGGCCGUCUUUUGCUACUGUCAACACCUGAAGCAGGACCUCGCCAUGGUCCCCCCGCGCAUCUUCACGCAGCGCACCAUCCUCUCCGGAUUCUGGUUCAUGCUGUGCACCAGCGCGGCCCUCGUCGUCGUUACUUACUUUCUCCCACUCUGGUUCCAGGUAAUCACCAACGCUUCGCCUUCUAACAUAGGUAUCCGCUUGGUCCCCAUGCUGGUCGCUUUUGUCGUCGGCGUGCUCCUGUCGGGAGUAUUCGUCAGCGUUACGGGCCACUACGCACCCUUGAUGCUGCUCGGUACGAUCCUGAUGUCGGUAGGCUCAGGACUCCUCUCGACAUGGACGCCAAUGUCCGAGGGUGUGCUGCUGGCUGCGUUCCCGGCCAUCUUUGGUGCCGGCUGCGGAAUAGCCUUCCAGCAGCCCAUGGUGGCGGCCCAAUCGGUGCUCGGGGACGACGACAUGCCCAUCGGCAUCUCCGUCAUCCUCUUCGGCCAGGCCAUCGGCACGGCCCUGGCGCUCUCGGUGGCCGAGACGGUCUUUUCCAGCCGGCUUAGAACUAACAUCAGCGACAUGGCAGGCGCCGCCCUUGGACGCCACAGACUGAUCGAAGGCGGCGCGCAGGGCAUAAUCAAGGCCAUCACAGAGUCUGACGGGUCGCUGGCCCAGCUAAUGAAGGCCUACAACAAGGCAAUCACGCAGUCCUUUUACGUCCCCGUCGCCAUGGCGGCCCUCUCCGUCGUCGGCGCCGUGGCCAUCGAGUGGCGCAACGUCAAGCGCGAGGAGGCGCGGCGGAGGAGGGAGGCCGAGCUAAUAAUGAGGGAGAAGCAGGGACCGCACCCCCACCACCAGAGAUCCUUCAUGGCGCACAGUAUUGACCCUUGCCAGGCGGUUCCCUACAACCAGCAGCAGCAGCAGCAGCAACAGCAGUACGAGCGGCACUCGGCCGAGGCGGAUGCGACCCGCCCGCAGCCCUACGACCGCACUAACUCGCGCAUGGGUUCCCCGUACGACCAGCCGGCGUCCAGGAUGGGCUCGCCCUACGGCCAGAGCCACCACCAGUUCGGCGUCGGCGCCGCCGCGGGGCAGCCGGCGCCCUACGCGACGCAACAGAGCAACUACUUUCCGAACAAUGCUAACGCGCAGCCGGGUCUGGGCCUAGACGCGGGCAACUACAGCCAGGCGCCAGUCUCGGGCCGCUAACCACCAUGGCCGGGUGUGACCGACCUUUAGGAUGAAUCACCGAGCCACCUGAAUACCGACUAACCCUGUAUCACUACCUUUUUUUUUUCUCUUUUCGGAAUUUACGGCAACAGUUUUUUACGUUUGGGUUUUAAUGGCGUCCUUUGGUCUCCUUUCCAACCGUUUUCUUUUCUUUCCGCCUGGCACAAACUUGCCUCUUCUUGUUUAUACUAUUGUUUUGUUUCGCAUAUACCCCUGGAUCCAGAGGAAAUCUCCGGCCUUUGUUCACUCGUAUAAUUUUGGGG